AUGCCACACCGAAAUUCAGGCAAUGGUUCUGGAGGAGAAGAUAGCGAUCCCGGCGCAAUUACUAUGCAAGCACAGCAGCGGUUGGAAAAGCUGAAAAAUGAACGGAGCGAAAGCAUGAACGAGGUCGUUAAAGAGACAGCUGUGGAAAUGGCAGACCUGCGCUCUCGUGUUAUGGCUUUCCAACAAAACCGACGGUCUACAGAGAAGGAAGUCGUUGCUUCUGCUGUUACCAAGCUCGUCGAGGCCGCCGAGCGCAGGAGAGAGAUCGAACAGCAGAUGGAGACACUCAUCAAUCAAGUCACUGCUACCACCGAGGCGCUUGAAGAGAUGAUGAGAAUAGGCAUCAAGGGCAGGAUAGAUGAUGUCAAGAAACAAAAUAACUGA